AUGCACACCCCGACAGCACUCUUACUCCUUCUCAUCGCUUUGGUGACCCUCCCGACCGUCUCUGCGUUCGGUGCAGGCAAUAUUCCGUCCAUUGCGUUUGUGGAGGGCAAGGCGUUUCGACAUGGUGAUAUUGAAGAUGUGAUUGCGUCGCUGGUGUUAUCGCAGGGUGCUAUUUCGCUUUUGAGUAAAAAGUUUGGGGGGUUGGAUGUGAAGAGGGUUUAUUUCGGGAAUUGGUUACGAGAUUACUCUCAAGCCAUUGACGUCGGCACACUCUCAAAAGGCCUCAACAAAACCACCUUGGUGACCCUCGUUUCCAUCCUCGGGUUUCUAGCCUUUGGAUACGCCACCGCCGAAUUCGAAGUCACCGAAGAUCGGUUAGGAUGUUACCGUGCCGAAGAACACAUUGAUAACCCAAAAGGAUACGCUGAUGGUCAAGAUGCACGGAAAUACGACCCAGGACUUCGUGGACCGGUUGACCCGCGUGAACUGGAGAUUGACCCACGAACAGGGUUAAAAAACUAUAUCGCAAAUGAAGGGGGUGGGUGGCCUACUUCCUCUGCUUUUGUCCGUGCGACACUCGAACGUGCGAUUCAAGCUUACCGCUCUGGAAACGAGUAUGAGGGGUUUAGACUCUUGGGUACCGCGUUGCAUACUUUGGAAGAUUACCCAGCUCAUAGUAACUUUGUUGAGCUUGCCUUGAUUGAACUUGGGUAUGAUUCUGUGUUUCCGUUUGUUGGUGAAGCUACUGCGUUUCGGCAGGGAGUGGAUUCACGUACGGGGAGGAAUCGUCCUAUUUAUCCCAUUGUGACUGGAACGUUUGGUGGAGCCGAUUUUGUUCAUUCCUUGUUGGGCGAAGCCACGGAUCACGUCUCCGCUGCUUCGAUUUCCUCGCUCAACAGCGAAAUGGAGGCUGCUAAACGGUCUUUUGAUGACAACUCCCUUCCGGAUCUGUUAUCCAAGGUCCCGGGUAUGGAAGACGUGACGCGUCAGGUCCGUGACGUUGAACGCGCGCCCGUGAGCACCGACCCCGCAGAAAUGAAGGCAAGCGUAUGGAAGAUUUUGGAGUUGCGUGAUCGGAUCGUCAAGGGCGUUGAAAUGACGAUUGAAAAAAUUCCUGGUUUGAGCUGGCUUUCGGAAAAGAUUUCCGAGACGGUUCAAGUGUUUGUUUUGACGCAGCUUGAGCCGUAUAUGAAACCCAUCAUGCAGCAAGUCGUUGGUAAACUCCAAAACACGUCCGCAGAAAUCGUCAACGCAGAUUCCCAGCGAGAAAUCUUUACCAACCCCCAUUGCUCGGAUCCAACCCAUUCGCUCUUAUCCAAGGAUCAUUUUGAUUUAUUCUUGAAUGAGCCUGCAGGACUCGUCGCCAAAGUCAUUGUUGAACACAUUGUCAAAGCUGUCGUCAAGGCCUGGUCAACCUCUGACGCCUCUGCCACGUCCGAAGCCAUCAACCUCGCCAUGCAAGUCUUUGUUCACCCUGCUAAUUUAGGGUUCGCCAAAACCCCGUUGCAAACUCAAAUGUUGGACGUGGUUCGCAAAUGGGCUGAUGAGAAUCGAAGCAUUUUGGGACAAUUGGAUAAAGCUAGUGUUAUGGCUGGACGGAAUAGGAGGCAUCCUGAGACGGCUGGGCGAGGUUGUGGUGGUGGGUAUAUUCCACCCCCUCAGCCACAAGCGCAGGCGACUUAUGGACAGUCUUCGGGAGCGUAUGGACAGCAGGGUCCCUCGCCCUCUGGGUAUGGGCACCCUCCUAGCUCUGGCUAUGGCAAUCAGACCGUCCAACCAUCCGGUUAUGGAAAUCAGGGAGCUCCGUCUUCUGGCUACGGACAUCCUCCUAGCUCUGGCUAUGGCAAUCAGACGGUCCAACCAUCCGGCUACGGAAACCAGGCACCUCCGUCAUCCGGCUACGGACAUCCUCCUAGCUCUGGUUAUGGCAAUCAGACGGUCCAGCCAUCCGGCUAUGGAAACCAGGCAGCUCCAUCAUCGGGCUACGGACACCCUCCUGGUUCUGGCUAUGGCGAUCAGACGGUCCAACCACCCGGUUAUGGAAAUGCACCUCCUUCAUCUGGCUACGGUGCCCAACCCCCGCAGCCAUCUGGAUACGGCCAUCCUCCCAGCAGUGGCUACGGCGCCCAACCCACUGGAUACGGAACGCCUUACGCCCAACCUCAAGGCUACAGUGCUCAACCACCGGUUCAGACCUUUCCCCAACCGGAACAAGGUGGAUACCCUGGCGCAGGUUACGAGGGAUCUACUCCUCAGUUUCCUCAACCGGAUGGAGGGUACGGGAGUGGGAAUCAGCAAUGGCGGUAAGAAGAAGAGGCUAUCAAAUGGGUUUUGUUGAAAACCGUCCAAUGGUAUCAUCGUGUAGUAGGCAUGGAUGUGUUUAAAUAUAGACUUGGUUUGCAUCUUUUAUAAGAGUGGUUGGG